CAAACAAUGCUGAUAUCAGCUUUCACCUUCACCUUCUGUGUCGAACCCUAACACCCCCAAACCCACCCUAGUUUUAUUUCUUGGGUUCCUUUAUAUAACUCGUCUGAUUCAAACCCAAUCACGAGUUUCUGUAACUGUAACCUAAUACUCUCGAUUUUAGGGUUAUUCAUUGCUCUCUCUAUUCUCUCUCUCUAUAUAUCGUGUCUUGAUAAGUUCUUGAUCGGAGUUUUGCAAACAUGUCUUACCGGCGGCGAGACGACGAUGACGAUCUCGAGCCAGAGGAAGACGAGGACGAAUAUGUCGAGGAGGAGGAGGAGGAUGAGGAUGACGGUGACCGCAGGUCCAGCCGUAAGCGGCGGAGAUCCGAUUUCAUAGACGACGUCGCGGAAGAGGACGAUGAUGAAGAGGAGGACGACGACGACGAUGAGGAUUUUGAUGGCGGAGGCGGCGGCGGUCGUCGUGGUGCUGGUGCUCACCGCGCGAAGAGGCGGUCGGGGUCUGAAUUCUUCGACCUCGAGGCGGCUGUGGACAGCGAUGAAGAAGAGGAGGAGGAAGAGGGCGAAGACGACUUCAUAGUGGAUGGUGGAGCUGAACUUCAAGAAGAAGGUGAUUCUAGAAGGAUGCGCCAUCGCCCUUUGCUGCCAAGAGAUGAUGAACAAGAAGAUGUUGAAGCUCUCGAAAGAAGUAUUCAAGCAAGAUAUGCUAGGUCAAAUCACACAGAAUAUGAUGAAGAAACAACAGAUGUAGAACAACAAGCUCUUCUGCCAUCCGUUAGGGAUCCAAAGCUGUGGAUGGUCAAGUGUGCGAUUGGUCGUGAGCGGGAGGUAGCUGUUUCUCUAAUGCAAAAGUCCAUUGACAAAGGAUCUGAAUUGCAAAUUCGGUCAGCUAUAGCCCUUGAUCAUCUCAAAAAUUAUAUAUAUAUUGAAGCAGACAAAGAAGCCCAUGUGAGAGAGGCUUGCAGGGGCAUGCGGAGCAUAUAUGCAACUAAAGUAAUGCUUGUGCCUAUUAAAGAAAUGACUGAUGUCCUUUCUGUAGAAAGCAAAGCUAUUGAUCUUUCCCGGGAUACUUGGGUCAGAAUGAAGAUUGGGACAUACAAAGGGGACCUUGCAAAAGUUGUGGAUGUGGAUAAUGUACGACAGAGAGUUACAGUGAAACUAAUUCCAAGGAUCGAUUUACAGGCUGUGGCAAGCAAAUUGGAAGGUAGAGAAGCCCCAAAGAAGAAGGCAUUUGUUCCUCCUCCACGUUUUAUGAAUGUUGACGAAGCGAGAGAAAUGCAUAUCCGUGUGGAGCGUAGACGAGAUCCAAUGACCGGUGACUAUUUUGAAAAUAUAAAUGGCAUGAUGUUCAAGGAUGGUUUCUUAUACAAAACUGUGUCCAUGAAGUCAAUUAGCACUCAGAACAUACAACCGACUUUUGAUGAGCUUGAGAAAUUCCGGCAACCUGGUGAGAGUGGAGAUGGAGAUAUGGCUAGUCUAUCCACUUUAUUCGCGAACAGGAAGAAGGGUCAUUUUAUGAAAGGUGAUCGGGUUAUUGUUGUCAAGGGUGAUUUGAAGAAUUUAAAGGGUUCAGUUGAGAAAGUCGAGGAAGGCAUUGUUUAUAUUAGACCGAUAAAGUCGACAAAAGAGGAUGAGGACCUUCCGAAUACUCUUGCUGUAAGCGAUAAGGAACUUUGCAAGUACUUUGAUCCCGGUAAUCAUGUGAAGGUUGUCUCUGGUGCAACAGAAGGUGCAACCGGUAUGGUUAUCAAGGUUGAUGGGCAUUGUGUAAUUAUUGUGUCUGAUACAACUAAAGAAGAUAUACGCGUAUUUGCUGACAAUGUUGUCGAGAGCUCUGAGGUAACGUCUGGUGUUACCCGAAUAGGGGACUAUGAGCUUCACGAUCUUGUGCUGUUGGAUGAUAAUAGCUUUGGUGUAAUCAUAAGAGUGGAAAAAGAAGCUUUACAGGUUCUUAGGGGAGUUCCGGAAAGACCAGAAGUCAAGCUUGUUAGAUUAAGAGAGAUAAAAUGCAAAGUUGAGAGGAAAUCAUUUGCCCAAGAUCGGACAAAGAACACAAUAUCAGUGAAAGAUGUUGUUAGGAUUCUUGAGGGUCCAUGCAAAGGCAAACAAGGUCCUGUUGAACAUAUUUACAGAGGAAUUUUGUUUAUCUACGAUCGUCAUCACCUUGAGCAUGCUGGCUUUAUCUGCGUUAAAUCUCAAUCUUGCGUGGUUGUUGGUGGAUCACGUGCCAACGGUGAUAGAAAUGGUAAUUCACUGAAUUCAAGAUUUGCACAUCUGAGAACUCCACCUCGUGUGCCCGAGUCUCCAAGGAGAUUUUCUAGAGGCGCCCCUCCCUCAGCUGGAGGAAGGCAUAGAGGUGGAAGAGGGCAUGAUGCUUUGGUUGGUACUUCUAUUAAAAUUCGCCAGGGCCCCUUUAAAGGCUACCGUGGUCGUGUUGUAGAUGUUAAAGGUUCAUCAGUCCGGGUUGAAUUGGAGUCCCAGAUGAAGGUUGUUUCAGUUGAUCGCAAUCAUAUAUCUGACAACGUGGUUGUUUCAACUCCAUACCGUGACACGCCUCGAUAUGGUUCCGGAAGUGAGACCCCAAUGCAUCCUUCAAGGACACCGCUACAUCCAUAUAUGACUCCUGGGAGAGAGCCAGGAGCAACACCUAUUCAUGAUGGGAUGAGGACCCCAAUGCGUGACAGAGCAUGGAAUCCCUAUACACCCAUGAGUCCACCAAGGGAUAAUUGGGAAGAUGGAAAUCCUGCUUCCUGGGGGACGAGUCCACAGUAUCAGCCAGGAAGCCCCCCUUCAAGGGCAUAUGAAGCACCAACUCCUGGUUCUGGUUGGGCUAAUACUCCCAGUGGCAAUUAUAGUGAGGCUGGAACUCCAAGGGAUAGCAGUCCUGCCUAUGCAAAUGCUCCAAGCCCUUACUUACCAUCAACUCCUGGGCAGCCAAUGACACCAAGUUCAGCCUAUUUACCUACCACUCCUGGUGGGCAACCGAUGACACCCGGAAGUGGUGGUUUGGAUAUUAUGUCACCAGUAGUAGGUGGGGACAGUGAAGGACCUUGGUUCUUGCCAGACAUAUUGGUCAAUGUACGCAGGUCUGGUGAAGACAAUGGUGUGGGAGUUAUUCGAGAGGUGCUACCGGAUGGUUCUUGUAGGGUUGCUCUUGGAACUAGUGGCAAUGGUGACACAAUCUCUGUCCUACCCAAUGAAAUGGAGAUAAUUGUACCGAGGAAGAACGAUAAAAUCAGGAUCAUGGGUGGUGCACAGCGCGGGUUAUCUGGAAAGCUGAUUGGUGUUGAUGGAACUGAUGGAAUUGUUAAAGUAGAUGAUACACUUGAUGUUAAGAUUUUAGAUAUGGUCAUACUGGCCAAGCUAGCACAACCUUGAUCAUUGUAAUGUUUUGUUUUUCAUAGUCAUAUUGUAUAUCUUGGUGACCUUCGAUUAUGAGUAUCCAGAGAGAUUCACUUCGAAGUGUUCAAGUGCUCUCUAUCCCCAAUCAUUAGUGCCGCUGCUGCUUUAAAUAUUAGGAAUGCAUUUUUUUAGCUCUCACGUCCCAAAUCUUAGCUGGAUAGUAGUAACAAGGUCUGUAUUUUACAGAGUUUAAGAAAUCAUAAAUGCUUGAAAGAUUUUUUGUUCUA